GAAGUGCUGUGGUACUGUGGUGUUCAGUCAGUGGAGGCUGUGGUUUAGAUGGUUGUAGCAUUGUAAGGUUAGAUAUCAGACUGUCUGGGGCUCACAGUCACUGAAAGUAACAGAGAUGUUGUACCGAAGGUUCUUUGACGUCAAAGGUCUCUCCAUGAAGUUAAAGUGUGGGCGAGGACUAGAGGAAAAGGAUGGAGAGAAGAUUCGAGACAAAGACAAGAGGAGAGAGGCGAAGGGCAGGGAGAGAUGUAUGCUGAACGGACAUCACUUCAGCAUUAUCUCCUCCCAGACACAAUCCUCCUCCUGCCACCAAUGCAGCAAAACCAUCAACACUAAGGAUGCUUUUCUCUGCACCAAUUGCAAUUCACAUGUUCAUAAGAGUUGUAGAGAAAGCCUGCCUGUCUGUGUCAAGGUGAAAAUGAAGUCUGCCAGACAACAGUUUGCAGUUCCAGAUUCAGCCACCAUUCCUGUUGUCACCCGGAGACCAAAACGAGGGUUAAACCCGGGUGCCUCGAGGGAGCGACCCUGGUCAGCCAUCUUGUCUCCAGAAGACUACUCCUCAUUGGUUGUUCCCUCCCGAAGACAUACCUCCAUCAUACCCUUCCACGGCUCCAACCUGUCAAAGAGCAUCUCCAUAUCCAACAUCGCUGGUCACCAGGUGUUUGAUGACAUGCCUAUCAAGGGUCUGCGAUACCUGUCCCAUUCUACUGACUCUCUGUGCAAGACCAACCUGGUCAAUGAAUCUACGGAGUCACUCACAGACGAAGGCACAGAGAUGAUUGACAGUCAGCUGAUGGGGGAGUUUGAGGAAGACCUGAAAGAGCUGGAAGCGGACUCCUGGAGCAACGUCAUGGACAGCAACGUCCUCAAACAUCUGAAGAAGGACGUCAUCAAGAGACAGGAAGUCAUCUACGAGUUGAUGCAGACAGAGAUGCACCACGUGAGGACCCUGCUGAUCAUGAUGGAGGUGUACAGUAAGGGUCUGGUGAAGGAGCUGCAGCUGGAGCCUCAGACAGUAGACAGGCUGUUCCCUGCACUGGGGGAGCUCCUGGACCUCCACACCUCCUUCCUGACACAUCUCCUGGAGAGGAAGAGAGAGAGCCAGCAGGAGGGGGAGGACGGAGGAUUCAUCAUCAACAAGAUAGGAGACAUCCUGGAGACACAGCCCCAGGAGACUUUGGUCCACUUUGCAGCACGGCGGGGUCUUAAGAGGGUAGCUGUGUGGCUCCUACUGCAACCAGGGGCCCCUGAAGCCCUCAGACUGACCAACAGACAGGGGGCCACACCUGCAAGCAUCGCUCAGCAGCGGAGCCACCGAGACCUGCACCAGCUCCUCACGAAGUUGGAGAAUUCCGUUAUCUUGAACCUACUGAAGUCGGAGGUCAAAGAUUUUCCUAGUUCCGGAAGUUUUCUUGAACGCACCAUCAAUCUGUUCAACUCUCAUGUCCAUGUUAACACCAAGCUGUUCAACUCUCAUGCCCAUGUUAACACCAAGCUGUUCAGCUCUCAUGCCCAUGUUAACACCAAGCUGUUCAACUCUCAUGUCCAUGUUAACACCAAGCUGUUCAACUCUCAUGCCCAUCUGUUCAACUCUCAUGCCCAUGUUAACACCAAGCUGUUCAACUCUCAUGUCCAUGUUAACAUCAAGCUGUUCAACUCUCAUGUCCAUGUUAACACCAAGCUGUUCAACUCUCAUGUCCAUGUUAACACCGAGCUGUUCAACUCUCAUGCUGAACACCCACACCCUGACAGUGGGCACAGCACCGGGCACAGCCCCCCUACCCUUCAGAGACUGGUGGAGGAGCUGAGACCCCUGGUCAGGGUGAGCUGUGAACCCCUGCGACCACCCUAA